AUGAAAUGUGAAUUACGCAAAGUUUGGGCAAUUGUUACUUCAAAGAAGUCAGAAAAACAACCGAGGCCACGCUCUAAGUCCAUUUCCUGCUCAAGAGAAGCUUCACAUCCAGAAGCCAGUAUUCUCUUUCAUAACAAGGAAUUUGAGAUUGAAAAACAGACUCACAUCCCCUACCGUAUCAGGCAAAGGCGACGACGAUCUCAGCCUGAAGGAAGAAAAGGCCAAAUAGGUCGUGGCGACCCACGGAAUAGCAGCCCUUCUGUUAAGAGAGAGAUGGACGCCAGUAAAAAACGUCUUUCCACAGACUUUCUGCAAGGCCUUGAGAUCGAGGACAAACAAGCAAUUUGGAAUCCACUUAAAUUAACGAAAGUCUUCAGUGACACUAGUAUUCAAGAUGGUUUUUUGACAACCACACUUUGUUCAACAGAGCUUUGAGCUUCACAGGCUUCCAGACCAAACGUCGCCGGUCCAUAGGUUUUUAGUCGGUGAAAAAUUUAACGCUACUUCAUGUGGUGUUCUGCAAUUACAUGGUCUGAUGUCCUUCUAUUUUGAAUCUAGCAUUAGGGCUCAUGGAAACUGAACAAAGAAAUCCUUGACAAGACAUUUCUUUUCUGGCUUCAUUGCUUCAGGCGAUGUACCCACCUACUACGCUUGUGUUCGAUUGUACCCACCUACUACGCUUGUGUUCAACCUUUUUGUUGUAUAA